GGACGCGGGCAAUUUCUGUAAUUCAAGGGGCUGCUAGCCACUCCAGGACCUUCACCCAUACUGCUUGGCUACACGAUGGCAUCUGGGGCCAGUCUUGGUUAGUCCACCCCGUUACGUCUUGAAUGGCCUCUGUGGGCUCAUUGCGUGGCCAGCCGGGCUACUGGACCGGACUUGAGAAGCCGCCGAAGGAGGAUCCACUGCUGAUCUCACUGAAGACCCCUCAACAUGCGGAUCGUGUCAAGAGGAACAGUGGAGACCCUUACUGGUCCAGGCUGGAAUCCCGCGUGUGGACGGUGACGCUGCUGUUGGGGACGUGUCUCCUGUACUGUGCCCGCGCCAGCAUGCCGAUCUGUGCCGUCUCCAUGAGCGAGCACUUCGGCUGGAACAAGCAGCAAUCCGGCGUCGUUCUGAGCAGCUUCUUCUGGGGGUACUGCCUGACGCAGGUCAUCGGGGGUCACGUUAGCGACAAGGUCGGAGGAGAGAAAGUUCUGCUUGUCUCGGCGGUGACGUGGGGCAUUAUUACGACAGUUACCCCUCUCGCCGCCCACGUGACCUCCACACCGUUGAUCCUGGUCAGCAUGCUUCGUUUUCUGAUGGGGCUUCUGCAAGGUGUUCAUUUCCCGGCCCUGGCCAGCCUGUUCUCCCAGCGGGUACGAGAAAGCGAGCGAGCGUUCACCUGCAGCACCGUGGGCUGCGGAUCCCAGUUUGGGACGCUGGUGAUCGGCGGCGCGGGCUCGCUGCUUCUGGAGUGGUACGGCUGGGAGAGCGUCUUCUACUUCGCCGGCUUCCUCACAUUAAUAUGGGGCUACUGCCUGAGCACCUACCUCCUGAAGGGCAAAGGGGGUUUCCUGGCGUUCGAGGAUCUGGGUAAAGGCUUCUCACGUUCUGCGCAGACGCACGGUCACGGGAGAAGAUUGUUCCGGAAGGCUCCAGUGUGGGCUGUGAUCAUCGCCCAGCUGAGCGUGGCCAGCACCUCGUUCACUCUCUUCUCCUGGAUGCCGACGUUCUUCAGGGAGAAAUUCCCAGACGCCAAGGGCUGGGUGUUUAAUGUUGUUCCUUGGCUCGUUGCAAUUCCUUCUGGGGUCUUCAGUGGAAUCCUCUCCGAUUACCUCAUCUCUCAGGGUUAUAAAACGAUUGGGGUCCGGAAGCUCAUGCAGAUCUUUGGAAUGGGGGUUUCGAGUAUAUUUGUGCUGUGCCUCGGACACGCUGAUACGUUCUGCCAGGCUAUUGCGUUUGCCUCGGUGGCCGUGGGACUGCAGACCUUCAACCACAGCGGUCUAACGGUCAACGUUCAGGAUUUAGCUCCUUCCUGCGCUGGUUUCCUCUUUGGUGUGGCUAAUACCGGUGGAGCCCUCCUUGGUGUUGUCUGGGUUUACUUGUCCGGAUACCUCAUUGAGACCACCGGUUCCUGGGGGCCCAUGUUUCACCUGGUGGUCGCCGUGAAUGUGUUGGGUUUAUUGGUCUACCUGGAAUUUGCCAAGUCGGAGAGAAUGGACGUGGAGAUGAUUCACAUCUAGAUGGACGGAGCAGAUCAUGGAAACCUUCUUCUGAGCUGACAGUGCAUGUCCUGGGGCCAGAACGGAGAUCAGGAACCUCUGGAGCAGGGUUAUCA